GCCUACGGAUGUCACAGCUCCGGGGUGGAGCCAAUGUAUUGCCUGACUCCUCUUCUGAGAAUCGCUCCUGCCCUAAGCUUCUGGUCUGGAGACUGAGGCUAGGAUUUACCAGCUCCGCAAGUGUCGUAAACUAGUCAUUCGUUAAACAGAGAGAAUAUUUUCUCUUUAGGGCUUUUAUGCUGCAUUGCCUUUUUCUGAUGAAGAUCUAAGUUGUAAUUAAAUUCCUUAAGAACAGUUGAAGCUCCUAUCGAUUGAAAUGGGCAUGUUCCACCCUCUGGUCACCGAGUUGCAAGGCUAUUUAAAUAUGAAUCGGUUAAAGAAGUGGAGCCUUAUGUAAGACAUGGAUAGAUGCAAACAUGUUGGGCGGCUACGACUUGCCCAGGACCAUUCUAUUCUGAACCCUCAGAAGUGGCACUGCAUGGACUGCAACACCACAGAAUCCAUCUGGGCUUGUCUGAAAUGCUCCCAUGUGGCCUGUGGAAGAUAUAUUGAGGACCAUGCACUUAAACACUUUGAAGAGACCAGGCACCCUUUGGCUAUGGAAGUUAAUGAUCUCUAUGUGUUUUGUUACCUUUGCGAAGACUAUGUAUUGAAUGAUAAUCCUGAGGGCGAUUUGAAAUUGUUAAGAAGUUCUCUGUCUGCCAUUAAAAGUCAGAAGCAUGACCCAUCAACACGAAGUGGUAGGACGCUGCGGUCAAUGGCUCUGGGGGAGGAUAUAUACAGCCAUCAGAGGGCCCCCCAGGGACAGCCCCAGAUGCUUACUGCUCUCUGGUACAGACGGCAAUCGUUGCUGGCAAAAGCACUGCGGACCUGGUUUGAUAAGAGUUCUAGAGGCCAGCUAAAACUAGAACAAAAGAAGCAAAUGGAAGAACUGGAGAGGAAAAAAGAAGUGGCCAGGCAGCGGCGUCAAGAGAUGAAACGGAGAUUGCUGGAAGAACUGGCAAACACUCCUCCAAGAAAAAGUGCUAGGCUUUUGUCGCACAUCCGCAGAGAGAAUCUGAUUCCUCGGAAAUUUAGAGAUAUGGAAGCAAGUUCCCCUACCUCAAGACGAAUGCAGAGUAGCAAAUUCAAACAGUUCUAUUCCAUCCGGCGUAAGCCCCUCGUGACUCCUGGUGUGACUGGACUAAAGAACCUAGGAAACACAUGCUACAUGAACUCUAUUCUUCAAGUAUUAAGUCACCUCCAGAAGUUUAGAGAAUGUUUUUUGACGCUGGACCUUUGUGAAACUGAAGAACUCUUAGCUAAGACAGUGAAUGGGAAGUCUAGAAUGUCUGGAAAGCUGGUCAAUGGGCCACCUGCUACUGAAUCAGGGAGGAAUGAUCAGCUGAGUUCGUAUGGCAGGCAGAGCCUGCCAGCUGGCUUAAAUGGCGGGUCCUCAAUAAGCAAAAGUUUAGAACUAAUACAGCCCAAGGAGCCCAGUUCAAAGCACAUCUCUCUCUGUCACGAACUGCACACGCUUUUUAGAGUCAUGUGGUCGGGGAAGUGGGCCUCGGUGUCUCCUUUUGCUAUGCUGCACUCUGUGUGGAGUCUGAUUCCAGCGUUUCGAGGUUAUGACCAGCAAGAUGCUCAGGAAUUUCUCUGUGAAUUGUUGGACAAAGUGCAGCAGGAGCUAGAAUCUGAAGGAACGAAACGCAGGAUCCUCAUCCCUUUCUCACAGAGGAAGCUCACCAAGCAGGUCCUGAAGGUGGUGAACACCAUUUUUCACGGGCAGCUACUCAGUCAGGUCACCUGUAUAACGUGUAACUAUAAGUCCAAUACUGUGGAACCCUUCUGGGAUCUUUCCCUGGAAUUUCCUGAACGCUAUCACUCCAUCAACAAAGGGAUUGUGCCUGUUAAUCAGACAGAGUGCAUGCUGACUGAAAUGUUGGCCAAAUUCACAGAAACAGAAGCUUUGGAAGGGAGGAUAUAUGCGUGUGACCAGUGCAACAGCAAACGACGGAAGUCUUCUCCCAAACCUCUUAUUCUAAGUGAAGCUAAAAAGCAGUUAAUGAUCUACAGACUACCUCAGGUCCUCCGGCUGCACCUUAAACGAUUCAGGUGGUCUGGACGUAAUCACCGUGAGAAGAUUGGGGUCCAUGUCCUCUUUGACCAGGUAUUAAACAUGGAACCUUACUGCUGCAGGGACACUCUCUCCUCUCUUGACAAAGAGACCUUUGUCUAUGACCUCUCGGCUGUGGUGAUGCAUCACGGGAAAGGGUUUGGCUCAGGACAUUACACGGCAUAUUGCUACAACACGGAGGGAGGGUUUUGGGUCCACUGCAAUGACUCCAAACUGAAUGUAUGUAGUGUGGAGGAGGUAUGCAAAACCCAGGCCUACAUUCUUUUUUAUACUCAAAGAACUGUGCAGGGGAAAGCAAGUAUCUCAGAAACACAACUUCAAGCUCAGGUGCCAUCCAAACACAAUGAUAAAGACAGAAGACUGACACUCCCCUGAAAGGAAGCAUUACUAUCUCAAUCAACUGGCUCAUUUUUAAAAAGUCUUUGGAGUUCAUUCAUCUUGACAGAUACAAAUACUGCUGCAGGAAUGAUUUGGAUCCACAGUCUGGAAAUGUGGGCCUCCUACUGUGUGCAACUCUGUUCUAUGAGAUUGUAGCAGAACAUCUAUUUUUUUUAAAGACGGGUGUAUUUGUAAACCCCUCCUUCCUCUAAACAAAACAAAGAGUAACAGCCUCCAUUGUCUAGGAUCAUUUAUCUUCUUUCAAAGAGAAAUCUCAUGUGGCAUGGAAAAGUAGGUGCAUCCAUCCUUCUGUGUACAACCAGGAAACAAAAGCCAUCAAACUGGCCAUAAAUAUAUUUAUUCCUCAGAAAUGAACAGGUACAGUAGAAUCCCAUUUAAUCCUUCCUCUCUUGUUUUGGUGAAUAGUUGUUGCACCUCGUGGUGUAAAUAACAUACCCAGUUAUUAUACCCCAUCCAUCUUUCUAACCCAGCAUAAUUUGGAUAGAUGGAGUUGUACUGUACUAAAACCUAUGCUAAGAUCUUUUUACGAUUUUUACAAAUGUGUUCACCACUCCUUCUUUGUUACUUUGUAUAACCCUACUGAAAAUGGACGUCCCCUUUUGCCCCCUGCAGUCAUUCCAGUUUUUUGGAAAUGAUUUCAGCUCUUCUUGUCUGUCCAAAAAGCUGAAGAGUAUGUCACCUGUUUCAAUUUGAAUCUGUGUUAGAAAUGACAAGGACAACUUUUCUUCCUCUUCUUUACCCUAUUUUAAUUUUCAGCAUCUGCUGAUAAGCUAAAGGGUUCCACCCAGACUUGUGCAAGAGAUCACGCAAGAGAUCUUCCCCACCUCUCCUCCCCACUGAAAAGCUGAGGGUCGAGGAUACCCUGAGGAAUGGCAUGGGAUGUGGUACAAGAGGCUAUAGUGGGAGGGAAGAAUCCCUGGAAACUGGAUGGAGGUGCUAUCCUCUGCCCAGUCUCCCCUCCCACCCUCUUGCUGCAGCCCCCUCCUGAGGAUCCCCCAACCCUCAGGAGCAUUUGGGCAGGGUGGGGUGGGGUUGACUGUAGUGGGGAUUGCAAAGAAGAUCCCUUGCAGAAGCUUUGUUCCACUUGUGCAAGUUUGCAACCCAAAACUUAGGUUGUGCUCUCUGUCCUCUAACAGGGAUUCCCAGAUGUUGACUACAACUCCCAGAAUCCCCAAGCAAAAGCCAUUGCAGCUGGGGAUUCUGGGAGUUGUAGUCAACAACAUCUGGGAAUUCCUGUUAGAAGGAACACUGCUCUCAAUCCAUAUUUUCCCGUGUAAUGAUUGCAGUUAUUUUGGAGUAGCCAUGACCUUUGAUAGCUUUCAUUAUGCAUUGGCUAUCUUGUGAAUCCACCCAGUUUCACAGUUGAGGAUUAGGUUUUCUGUAUUAAUGCGGGGUGAGGAGUCAUCUGCUGCUAUUGCAACAUAUCAACUCUUGUCCUAAGUGUAGUGCAACUUCAAGCAGAAAAGAAAUGAUCAGGUAUGUAGCAGCUGUCACACAGAUAAAGGAUGAUCAAGCCUUCACUAACCAUGUUUUGAAUAUCUUUCCCUCUGAAAUUACCAUCACUCUAGCAAAUUCUGCUUCCCAUUGUUUUUGGUAGUGGGGUGAAGGGGGAGAGUUCAGGGUUUCAUUUCAAAAGGGAUUCUCCCAGCCUUGAAUUACAAUAGAGUGUAUUCAUCCUAAUUCUCGUUUCCUACUCCCACUUCUUUCACUCUUACCUUGUUCACCCAGAACUUCAGAAACCCAAUUUGUACUAUGAGCUUGUGUGUUAUCACCACAGCUUACCUAGGACACAUGCACAUAAUCCCUUCAACAAUAUUUUAAAAUAUCAGUAUGCUAUCUAUGGUGGCUAGGGUUACAGCUGUUGUUGACUUCUUUGAUUACUACUAUUGUAGCUCUAGCAGGGAAAGCAUCCUUAGAAAACACAGAUUUCUGUGCGACUGAACAACUUGCUGCUGUUGAACUCCAAAACAAUGAUUGGUAGCAAAUCACAAAAUUCCACAUUGUUCACUUAUGAGAAGUAAAGCACAUGAAACAUAUAUAAUUUUUGCUAGGUUUGUAACUUGGCUUAGAGGGCUGCUUUCUUUUUUUUGGCGGGGGGGGGGCACCAUUUUAUCAAGAAUUAUAACCAGAUCCCUAAUUGUUCAUAAGAAAUGGACCAGCUUAAAAAAAAACUUGCAGAAAUAGGUGCAGCCUCAUUGCAAAGCUAAUGGAGUUUGAUUCUGACCCAGUUGCUAGAGCUGCUGAGCUUCAUACAAUAUAGUACAUCUAGUAUUGCAGUUGUAAUGAUUAGAUAUUGGUGUUUUUCUGCCACUGCGAUCUUUUUAUGAGAGCAACACACAUUACUCCAAGGAACAUUUUUCAGAGAAGAGCACAGGCAAUUUCACACAACCAUCAGGCCCCAAUGACUACUUGAAAGUCCUGCAGAUGCUGGCUUCUGCUUAUGGGCAGCUUGUCGGGAACACUCCUUGCCAUACAGAGAAUUCCGCUUUCAACAUUCAUUGGUAAAUGCUGGGGAAAAUAACUUUUUGCACUUGUUUGCCACAGCCAAAUUCUAGCACAGUGGUGGGUACCCAUAACCAACUUCACUUCAAAAAAAUGGGCAGGGAUCUGGGAUGCACAGAAUUUUCAAGUGCUUUCCUGGUGGCUACCAUGAGCCCAUCUUCCUAAUUCUAUCAGUCGCUUCAUGGCAAAAGUCAUUGGUAAAAGAAGGGAAGCUACAAAAAUCUAAGGGCUUGUCCGGACAACAGCAGCUUCCUGCUAUUGUACUAAACUGGAAAGGGAGAAGAAAGGUAGGAUGAGGUGUUUGCACAAAGCUGCUGCUGACUAGGACUGUGCCACAUGUUCUAAUUCUACUAGGAUCCUAACCUACUGUUUAGACUAGCCAGGACUGGCAAACUCUACAUGUAGCUUACAAGGGUUGGGUGCACACAAAAUUCGCACAUCCGACAUUCCAGAAAACCCUCCAUCCUCAAGCAUCUUUAAUAAUCAGUUCAGUUAAUGAAGGUCAACUGUUAUAGUCACUAUCUGAUAGCAGACAUUAUGAUUAACCAGCUUACAUGAUGUGCAGUGUCACAUCUCCUUAGCACUCUCCCCUCCCCUCCCCAAGGCUGUUGCAGACUUCUAAGUAGCCCUGAUGCUGCUCUGAGCGAGUGGUUGUGCAGGCAGCAGUUGUGCACAACUGCAAUUUUCCCUGUUCACUGCAAUGAGGAAAACUCCGGUAGUGCUGCUUGUGCAACUGCUUGUUCCAAGCAGCAUCGAGGCUGCUUAGAAGUUUGCAGAAGCCCCAGGGUGGAGCGUUACAGAAAGGUAACACUGCAUAUCACGUAAGCUGCUGUGGAAGCAGGUUUACUAAUCGGCUUGCCAACUGACCAGAGGGCAGGGGGAAAUGGCCUAAUUGCUCAUUAACAGCAACUUGUUGUAUAGAUGCCAGCAGGUACAUAGCAUUAGAUUUCACCUGCUAUUGUCUGCAUAUCAAGUUGCUAUUAAAGGCACAGGAGCAGAACCUGGGAAAAAUUGUUGGCAACUCUACUCUUCAUAUAUUAUUUUUAUAUUGAUGAGUAUUGUAUCCAUAUUUGAGUUACAAUAGGAACAACUCAUACCCCCACCCCAUCCCCCUGUAUCAGUAGCCAUGAAUGCUUCAUAUUUCCCAAGCAUAUUUGGCCGGUAGUAGCCUCUCAUGUGAAAAGUAGAAUGCCAUGAGAUGUGGGAAAACAUGCAGAUUAAAAUUACCUUGAUAAGGAAGGAAGUAACUGUACUUUGAAUUAAGCUUGCUGUUUCCAACACUGUGAGGUUUCUGUAAUAAUUAGCUUUUAUUUGGAAGCGAUAGCGUAUAGCAUUUUUUUAUGCUCUUUCUUUUUAUAUCUGUCUACUGCAAGCAAUGCUCUUGCUGUGCUGUACACUGUUUUAAAGUGUCCUGGUUGGCAGAAAAUGUAAUUACAGUUGACUCUUCCUGAUAGUUUUGUAUCUUGCCAUUAUAAUGGAAGCCUGACAGUAAGAAAUUGGAUAGCAUGUCUUCCCAUGUUAACUUUCCUUGCCACAUUCAACUUUUAUGUUUGUGUAUAUGUUAAAUGAAGGCUAAUAGAUCAUCCCUGAUCCUGACAACAUUAUCACUGAGCAGUUCAUCCAAGUCUCCGUAUGCUUAGUAUGGACCACAAACACAUCCACAGCUGUUAAUCCAUGGAAGUAAUUCCAUUCACCUUAAGGCUUCAGCCAAAAAGCAUGCUUACUAGGAAGCAAGCCCCAUUGAGACUUAUUUCUGAGUUAAUGUGUUUGAGAUCAGGCUGUAAACCUACACACAAGAGUAAAGUGCAUUUUACUUCAACUACAUUUUAAAAGCAACAACUUCUCUCUCCCUGGAAACUGGAUGGAGGCUCUCUCUCCUCUGCCUGGUUUCCAGUCUCCCACUCUUCUGCUGCAGCCUACUCCCGAGGAUCCUGCAACCCUUAGGAGCAGCUGGGGGUGGGUUUGGGACUGCUGUUCUAUGCAUAUAACAAAAACUCAUCACAAAAAAUCAGGCUGGGUGGAGAGCAAUUAAAUACAGUACGCACUGUUCAUGAAAAUGAGUCUAAGGUAGCAAAGGAUUUAUUAAUUCGAUGUAAUUAUUAGAGGUCUCUGCAGUCUGUGAAAGUGCAAACAACCACUGUCCAAAACUAUGGAAUAGUGACUAACUUCUCAUCCAGCUUUUUGGAGCACUUUUCAUUAUUUCUCGCUCUCUCUCUCCCACUGAAGACAAAACUACACAUUAUCCUUGAUGCAGGAGUGCCAUAAAAAUGGCAUCCCCUUGUUUAAUUAUCUCCUUCCUCCCAUUACCUGUAGGUACCUAUAUUGUGACAUAAUCACAUUGGUCAAAGUGUAUGUGUAGCAAAGGAAGCAUGUGUGCAUUUUCUACAUUCCAGAGUAAAGUAGCGUGAGUGCUCAGGUGGAAAAAAGGAUUUUUGCUAAUCUCUCCUUCCCUCUGAAGUGCUCGGGGACAAAAAGUAUGUCCCUGAGGACUGCAUGACCAUCAGGAACUUAUUAUUGGUAGUCACAGAGUGCUUCAGAGGAGAAGGGAGAUUGGAGAAAAUCACUUUUGGCAUAAGCACCGAUGCUGCUUUAUUCUGGAACACAGCAAAUAUGCACUGCUUCUUUUGCUGCAAAUGCACUUCAUUAGUCAGGAUGUCAGCCAGUGUGUAUUUCCUUGUCCCCAACAGUGAGAAGUUGCAUGUGACGAUGUCAUAAGAUGGAUGUGCCUAAAUGUUGCUGGUGCAGAAGAAGCUGACACGGGGAUAAUGGCUGACAUACUGCACAACAUUCUGUAUGACUUGCCGAAAUGUGUGCACAGUUGUGCAAGAGUGCUCUUGUGUAAAACACAAUAAUUGUGCAAACACAGUUGCAUGAUGGUACGCCACACAUUUCAUUACAAGGCAUGGUGAACACUGCACAUUAUGUCAAACAUAUUUCAUCCUGAAUCUCUGCAGCUGGACAGAGGGGGCAUCUUUGAGAACCAUCCUCGUGUUUAUCAAAAUAAAGCCACAGGAGUACACAGACCCAUUUAUUCAUUUGUGCUUAUAUAUGGCAUUUUAAAAUAUAAUUUCAACCAGCAUCAUCUAAUUACUUUGAAUGUGUGGGGAAAGGAAAAUAAUUUAAUGGAAUCCUCUUAUAUUUGAGGCCUGCUGCAAGAGUUGGGAAAAUAUUAACUGAUUUUACAAAGUGAGUAAGUGAAUUAGAACAUUGUCCCAACAAACUACUCUAUUGUGCAGAUUUUUUUAAAAUUACAUUCAUAUUAGAAGUACGUCUUUGUCCACUUCAGGGAAACCAUAACAUACCCACAAGUUAAAAUGUACAAAUAAAAUUGGUGUUAAAUGUGUCCUAUGGACUCACUCACAGGGAGACCUUUGAAAGCAUACAUAUUGUCUCCUUGAUAUAGAGAAGGCCUCAUUCUGAUUGUAAAGUUCCAUUAGAUUCUGAAUAUGCUUUGUGUGCCAGGUAUGUCUGAUGAGAGAAAAAAUGAGCAAGUUUUGAAUGUCUGCAAAAUACCCCCAACAUGUUCCAGCAGUAUUGCCGAUUGAAAGUAAUUUGUAUGAGUGGAAUCAGAGUUGGGAUGGGAUUAGUUCUGCCUACCGAUAAAGCUUUGUGAACAAUUUUUUUAAAGAUGAAAACAAUUGGUGCCUUGUAUCUAAUUACAUUUUGCAUGGGACACAUGUUUUAAGUUUCCCCCCUUCCCAGAUCUGUACUUUACUUUACAAUACUUGAGUAGCAUUGGCUUUUUUACACUUCAUAUCUGUAUGUCAAUGGGAAAAAUGGUUCCUACCAGCAAUUUGAUGUAUUUUACUGUGUCUAAAGACUGUAUUUCUAAUAAUGCAGAUUAUUUGCUCAAAGUAGAUAAUUUUGGGUUUUUUGUGUUAAA